AUGUCUCGCCUUAAUGACACGAACAUUGAAGUUCUUAGAUUCCUCCUUAUCAGAAUCCGUGGACUGGAGAAGAGUCACAUCUGGAUACCCAUUCCUCUCUCCUUCAUGUACCUUCUUUCUCCCCUGGGUAACUUUACAGUCCUCUUCUUUAUCAAGACAGAGCCAAGCCUCCACGAACCUAUGUACUAUUUCCUUUCAAUGCUCUCCAUUUCUGACCUAGGGUUAUCCCUCUCUUCCUUACCCACCACAUUGGGACUAUUUCUGUUUGGUAUCUAUGAAAUUCAUGCAGCUCCCUGCUUUGCCCAGGAGUUCUUUAUCCAUCUGUUCACUGUCACCGAAGCCUCUGUGCUAUCUGUAAUGGCAUUUGACCAAUAUGUGGCCAUCCACAACCCUCUGAGAUACAGCAUAAUCUUAUCCACCUCCAGAGUCAUCAAAGCAGGGGUCUUACUGACUUCCAAAAAUGUUCUUUUGAUCCUUCCACUACCCUUUCUAUUGCAACGGCUGACAUACUGUCAUCAAAACCUGCUCUCACACUCCUACUGUCUCCACCAGGAUGUCAUGAAGCUGGCAUGCUCUGACAACAGAGUCAAUGUUGUCUAUAGACUCUGUGCUGCCCUUUCUACUAUUCUGGAUUUGUUGUUUAACUUCUCCUACAUAAUCAUCUUAAAGACAGUACUGGGCAUUGCGACUCCCAGAGAGCAGUUUAAGGCCCUUAACAUUUGCAUCUCUCAUAUCUCUGCUGUGCUUCUCUUCUAUGUGCCCAUGCUGAGUGCAGCAAUUCUCCAACAUUUUGCCAGGGAUUUGUCUCCUAUGAUCCACAUCCUCAUGGCUGAUGUUUUCCUGCUGGUGCCACCCCUGAUGAAUCCCAUUGUGCACUGCGUGAAGACCUAUCAAAUCUGA